GGACCAGAUUUCUUUCCGAGUCGAAUUCGGAUUGAAUUAUCAUCCAUGGAAAGACCUUGCACCGGAAUCUAAUUUCUUUUGAGUUUUGACAGCAUUUGAACCUUUUUCAAUUCCACCAAAUUCACAUUAUUAAGUCCUUAAAAAUCUUCUAAACAGACAAAACAGAAGAAAAAAAGGGGCUAUUUUUAUUAUUAAUUACUCUGUAUUAAGAUUGUGGACAAGCAUCGAUUCUCAAUUUGUCCGGUAGAGCUCAGAUCAGCUGCUGUUCUUGUUGCGUUUAUGUUCUUGAUUUAGUAACAUCUGGGUUUAAUUGUUGAUGAUUGUUUGAAGAUUUGAAUAUUAUUUUCUGGGAAUUGAAGCUUGAAAUUGUUGAAGUUUUGAUUGAGGGUUGAAAUUGGAAUUUGGGUUGAAAUUCUGAAUCUGGGGUUAUUGAUUUAUUUGUGAAAUUUGACCCUAUUUAGUGGGGUCAGCUCUGAAAGAAUUGGAGAAAUUAGGAGUUGAGAGAUUUGAUCCUUGUGGGUUGAUCUCAUGAUUUAGACCUUGAGUUUAGGAUUAAAUGUGUUGUCUGUACAAAAAUAGGAGCAAUGGCAAAGAAGACCUUGCCAACCUCAAGGUUGCUUUUGAGCAUAACAUCCUUUUCCAUCUUUUUCCUCAUAAUUUCAUCCUUCUUUCUGUUCCAUUCAGUGAUUAGUCCGUUUAUACCAUCAUCGAUUUUUAAGCAAUUUGUUGUUGAAAGUGAACCUAUUAACUACAAAAAAAUCGAUGAUUUGUCGGGAAACAAGGCGUGUGAUCCAAAUACAGCUCUACUAAGGGUGUAUAUGUAUGAUAUGCCUCCUGAAUUUCAUUUCGGGUUGUUAGAUUGGAAACCAAGUCAGAACCAAAUAUGGCCUGAUGUUAGUGAUCUAAAGGAUGUUCCGCGAUAUCCUGGUGGCUUAAAUUUGCAACACAGUAUAGAGUAUUGGCUCACUCUUGAUCUUCUGUCAUCUAAAAUUAAGAAAAUAGUUAGACCUUGUAGUGUUAUUAGAGUAAAAAAACCAAGUCAAGCAGAUUUUAUUUUCGUGCCAUUUUUUGCAUCCCUAAGUUACAACCGGCAUUCUGAGGUUUUGGCAGAAGAGAAUGUUAGCCUCAACCAGAAAUUACAAGUUAAAUUAGUAGAGUUCUUGAUGAGUCGGCCAGAAUGGAUCAAGUCUGGUGGGAAGGACCAUAUUAUCGUUGCACAUCAUCCGAAUAGUUUGUCGUAUGUCAUAAAGGAGCUUGGUUCUGCUAGAUUUGUGCUCGCAGAUUUUGGGAGAUAUGCUGCUGCAACUGCUAAUUUAGACAAGGAUGUCAUUGCUCCUUACCACCAUCUUGUUACGAGCAUCAGUAAUAACAACUCAGCCCCGUUUGACAAGCGUCCUACAUUGGCAUAUUUUCAAGGAGCAAUCUUCAGGAAGGAUGGAGGAGCUAUUCGCCAAGAACUUUAUUAUCUCCUGAAAGACGAAAAGGACGUGCACUUCACAUUCGGAACUACUGCAAAGGGUGGGCGCCGCUUAGCAAGUCAUGGGAUGGGAUCUUCCAAAUUUUGCUUGAACAUAGCGGGAGAUACUCCUUCAUCCAAUCGCCUUUUUGAUGCAAUUGUUAGCCAUUGUGUCCCGGUCAUAAUCAGUGACAACAUCGAGCUGCCAUAUGAGGAUGUCUUGGAUUACUCAGAGUUCAGCGUGUUUGUGCUGGCAUCAGAUGCUGUAAAACCAGGGUUCCUGGUUAAUCUUCUUAGGGAAAUUGAUGUAGAUGAGUGGACAAAGAUGUGGGAAAGAUUAAAGGAGGUUGCCAUUCAUUUUGAGUAUCAGUAUCCAUCUCAAACAGGGGAUGCUGUAGAUAUGAUUUGGCAGGCAUUCGCGAGAAAACAACAAUCUGCUGUAAAGAUGAAACGCAGGCAGAGAAGAUACCGAUUGCCAUAGUUCCUCUCAAUCGAUAAAAUGCUAGAUUUCAUUCAGAAAAGCUUCAACUUCGAACAGAAGAUAUACUAAAAUUUUGCUUAUAGAAUUUCUUUGUACUUUGUGUAGGGAUAUGUUACCAAAUUUAGCAAGUUAUGUGAUUUCUUUGUAGAGUCCAUGAUAUUGAUCGAUCUUUACGAUACUUCCAUCGAAAUAUGAAAUGGAUGAUAUAUUUCUUUA